GGAGCAGAGCAUCAAGAGUGUGCUGGUGAAGCAAACCAUCGCCCACCAGCAACAACAGCUAACCAACCUGCAGAUGGCAGCAGUGACAAUGGGCUUUGGAGAUCCUCUCUCACCUUUACAAUCGGUCAAUAGACAUAUUCACUUCUUCUUGGGCACUUAGUCAGGGACUAGAAUGGGGAAGUAUGUAGCGGUGAUACAAUGCUCUUAAUUCAACCCAGCACAACCCUCCCACUUACCCACCUGUUAUGGACAAGCACAGCAAGCAGAGGCAAAGUGUAAACUCCCCAGAGGAAGACCCUGUGGGCUGAGUGCAGUCUGCUGGGACACGGGCAGUCGGGGCCCUGGAGUCAGUUGGCAAAGACAGCUUUAGAUUUCGAACAGUACUGAACACACCUGUGAAAUUGUGGGAGCUGCAUUUCUAGGGACGCUGCAGUUCUGAGGUCCUGACCUAAAACUAACUGCCAAGGUAACUCAAAAAAUGGGCAAUUUCUUAACGAAGCAAACUGACGGCAGCAGAAACCUGGCAGCCGCAGUGCUGGGGAAGGCUGGGGCACUGCAGGCUUGCAAAACGUGCUGUAGCCAAGGUGUGAGAGUGUCCUCACUGUACGAAUGUCCAGACUAGGUGAAUACGGUAUGUUUCAAGUCAAAGCGUGGUGGAAGUGGCAGAAGAGCAGAGCUGCUCAGCUCACCUGUGUCUCUUUAGUGCUGCCGUCCUUGAUGAGCCAUCACCGAGGACUCGGUGGCUCUGAUUACCUGGCAUUAUCCACCCCCUCCUUUUUCCUAGACGUGUUGGACAGUGGCCGCUGCAGAAAGUGUCCCAUAAGCUCCAUUCUGCAUGCAAAAGUUCAUUUGCAAGUAUUUGCCAUCGUGUUGGAACGUAACGUUUCUGUUUGGAGUCAAAUGCAUCUGGUGGCCUGUCCUGCAAAGCGUAAACCAAAAGUAAAACUGCCCGUUUCCCCUCCUGUAAUGCUGUCGUGGGAGGUAGCGUGUCAGCAGGGCAGCCUAGAUGAAACUGAUGGAUGUGUGGAAUGGAACAGGAGCAGGUAUCUCAAUGUGGAUUCUGCACAGGUGGUUUCUGAGCCCCUGUGCCCAAGAAACCUUUACCAGUUAACGUAGAUGCUUACUUACAGCUUGAAGCCCACCGAUUUUUGCUUAAAUUGUAUAGCUCAUUAACAGAUGGGCAGCAGACGAAAAGUACGUAGCGAUGGCGUGGCAGGAAAUGACUGAUUUCUCAUGAGGGGCAGAGUUGGCAUUAGGAAUCCUUUCCCUCAGACUGCAGGCACUUCUGGGUUCUGGGGCAGAACCUGGAGGCAGGAGCCUGAAUCGCUGCCUUUGGGCAGUGCUCUGCCCAGCAGCUGCCCCUCAGGAAUGUAGGAAAUGCAGACUGGCUGCGUCCAACACGUCCUGUGGGUGAGAUUCCUCAUUUCCUAUGUGAAGGAAAUACAGCCUGAGCUUCCUAUUGGGAUAUCUUAGUGCCUGUCACUAAAGCUUCCUGUCUACUUAAUCCUCCAAGCGUUACAGCUCGAGGUUUCAAUUUUGCAUCAGCAAGAUGAGCACAAUUUCCUGGCGUUGUUGUGUUAAAACUGAGGCUGGUGGUGAUGGUUUUGCAUCGCCUCCUGCCCUUAAAGGCAGCAUUCCGAGGUGAUGUUUUGGCUUCUCCUUAAAAUCACCUUCAUAAACACUUCCCAACAUUACACUGAUACAAAGAUUAACCGGUGCCCGUGUGAGGAGGAUUGCGGGUACCUGAAGCUCCGUUUGGAGAUGGAGCAAGAGGAUCAGUGGCCAGCAAAAACAACUUGAUGUAGUCAGUGAAAGCCAAUGCAUUUCUGCCCGUGAGUUUCAGACACACAGGUGUACAUUACGUCCUUCCCCCAAAUUGGUGCUGCUGAACCGUGUCAGUGACCCACGUGUGCCUGCAGCCAUCAUAUCUGUCUAAAAUUCUGCCUUUGUCAGUCCGGUUUGCCAAUGUGUUCCAGAUGGAACAGCCCUGACGUGGCCCCACCUGUUUCAGAAUCCGUGCAGCAGUGCAAGAUGUGCAUCCUCUCCUAAAGGUUGCUGCCGUGGGAGGGGGCAGAGGCCACAUUUCUUGCCACUGUUGCAUCGAGAACUGAAAAGAAGGGAGCCCGAUGAUUUUCAACCCAGUCUUCAGAAGGUGGCGUUUGCCUCUGCCUGGUGCAGGGCUGCAGUGUCUUGUCUGAGAGCACCCUGCAUUUGUCUCACAGUCUGUGUCAGUGUGGUGAGGCACUUUGUUCAGGCACGGGGUCGCAAUGGUGGUGGCUCUGAACUGAUGAAUGGAUGCAGCACACGCACUGAGGGUCUGCUGGGCACUGGCUUUCAUGCACCAAAGCUGGGUAGGUGGUGGAGAACCUGGGAGACAACACGUCCGCUGUCGUGCUCGUGCCCUGGUCCUCCCAGCCACAGCACUGCAGAGCUGCUGACAAACGGCUGGUUUUUAAUUGUGUGAAAUACUUAAACCCAACCAAGAGGCAAGUUUAAUAUCGCUUCAGGAGCGGCCGUAUGGGGUGAGAACCGUUCCUGUUUAUAGCAUCCCUGUUUUGUGCAGCGGUAGGAGUUGAACCUUCACCGCUUGUUUCCUCCUAUGGUCAGGGAGAAGAAUUCCUUCAGGUACAGUUCAUGUCUACAGUCCCACGAUUGUCAAAGAUGGAACACUGCCCUUGUGCUCUGCCAUGCGAGCCGUGGCGUCCCCAGACACGUCAGAGCUCAUUGUGCUCAUGCUUGUUACAGCAUUCUGAAAGAGGGUCGCUCAUCCAGGCCUCGAUUGCAGACCCCUUCACCACCAGUGGUGGGGGUGACGUGGAUGUCCAGCACUGCCCGCCUUUGAGCCAGGAAUCGUGGUGCUGGGAAGGGAGAGGCAUCGAGCUUAACGCUGCCUGCUCUGCUCCAGCCUGUGGGCCUUCCUGCCCCUCGUUUGUCCCAUGUGUUCCACAUAGAACAGCAGCACGGCCCUGUGCACACCUCCAACACACGAACUCAGUCCUGCUGGUUGUAGGGAGCUGCCUCUCCAGAGACUGCCCUUCUGCCUUGGUCCCAAGACGUGCUCGUAGGACGUGCUGGCCAAAGCUGUGACUUUAGUAGGCAGCGUCUUCCUAAAAUAAUGUUAAUUGGUAUUAGCCAUUCUAGCAUUGCAAUGUGGGUGAAAAAUAAUUGAAGGAUACUGCUUGAUUGGAUACCUGCUUUAAGAAAUGUCUGGAUUUGUCUUGUAAACAGGUUUUCAGGCAUACUUAGGAGAAAGUAGCACAGAGACCUUCUCUGCACCGAAACUGAUAAGGGCGGAGCCUUGGGGGGCUGCACCACUAUCUGAGCCAGUAACGACAGGCAGUGAUAAGUACUAGCACCACACACUUAACUAAGAAGUUUCGUUUAACUUUUUUAUUUUCUUUUGUUGUUUGUUUUUUUUUCUUCUUCUUUUUUUCCUUUAGCUUUUGUUUUGUUUUCCUUUUGCAAUGUGCGGUGGAAGUGGUGCCUAGUACUGGAUCUCAUACUGCCUGGGAUGGCAGCCCAGAGGCAGCGCGCCUUGGCCAUCAUGUGUCGUGUUUAUGUGGGCUCCAUAUACUAUGAGCUGGGAGAAGACACCAUUCGCCAGGCCUUUGCCCCGUUUGGACCUAUAAAAAGCAUUGAUAUGUCCUGGGACUCUGUUACCAUGAAGCACAAGGGGUUUGCCUUUGUGGAAUACGAGGUGCCUGAAGCUGCACAGCUGGCCUUGGAGCAGAUGAAUUCUGUCAUGCUGGGAGGAAGGAAUAUAAAGGUGGGGAGGCCGAGCAACAUAGGACAGGCACAGCCCAUCAUAGACCAACUGGCAGAAGAGGCACGGGCUUUCAACCGCAUCUACGUGGCUUCAGUACAUCAGGACCUGUCAGAUGAUGACAUCAAGAGUGUGUUUGAGGCCUUCGGAAAGAUCAAAUCCUGCACGCUAGCCAGGGAUCCCACAACAGGGAAACACAAAGGCUAUGGUUUCAUUGAAUAUGAGAAGGCGCAGUCUUCUCAAGAUGCUGUUUCCUCCAUGAACCUCUUUGACCUUGGGGGUCAAUAUCUCCGAGUUGGUAAAGCUGUGACUCCUCCGAUGCCUCUCCUGACACCUGCCACACCAGGGGGAUUGCCUCCAGCAGCAGCUGUUGCUGCUGCAGCUGCGACAGCAAAGAUCACAGCACAGGAGGCAGUGGCAGGAGCUGCAGUUCUUGGCACUUUGGCCACCCCUGGGCUCGUGUCCCCUGCACUGACCCUUGCACAGCCACUGGGGGCGUUGCCACAGGCUGUGAUGGCAGCACAGGCACCGGGAGUCAUUACAGGUGUUACUCCUGCCCGCCCUCCCAUUCCCGUCACCAUUCCCCAGGUGGGAGUUGUGAAUCCCAUCCUGGCCAGUCCUCCGGCUCUGGGCCUGAUGGAGGUCAAGAAGGAGAAGGAAGAGGAGGAGGUGUUCCAGGAAUCGGAGAGGCCGGAGAUGCUGAGUGAGCAGGAGCACAUGAGCAUAUCUGGCAGCAGUGCCCGUCACAUGGUGAUGCAGAAGCUGCUUCGCAAACAGGAGUCCACUGUGAUGGUGCUUCGCAACAUGGUGGAUCCAAAGGACAUUGAUGAUGACCUGGAGGGAGAAGUGACGGAAGAAUGUGGCAAAUUUGGGGCUGUAAACAGGGUCAUCAUCUACCAGGAGAAGCAGGGAGAAGAGGAGGAUGCUGAGAUCAUCGUCAAGAUCUUCGUGGAGUUCUCCAUGGCCUCAGAGACUCACAAAGCCAUUCAGGCUCUGAACGGGCGCUGGUUUGCUGGCAGAAAGGUGGUGGCAGAGGUGUACGACCAGGAGAGGUUUGAUAACAGCGACCUGUCGGCAUGAACUCUGCAGGAAGGACUCGGCCCCUGUCCCCUCUGCCUGUCUGUUUUUUUAGCCAUGUGUAAAGAAUGCUCCCACGUGGGCACAGAUCUCUGUGAUGUACUCGUAGUUUGGAUAAAAGCACCAAGAAAGUUCA